AUGUCUCGUAGCACAAUUAGAAUAAAUCCAAAUGAUUCAUCUCCUUCGGAUAUUUUCCCGAAAUUUGCCACAGAAGGCAUUGAUAAUGGUUUUCAACAACCACCACCAUUACGUACACGUCUCAUAUGUGAACUAAUUGGUACUUGUCUUUUCGUAUUUUUUGGUGCAGGCUGUGCAGUAAAUUCACCUGACCUUUUAACUGUAUCUGCUGCACACGCAAUCGUUACUAUGUGGCUUGUCUAUGUACUUGGACCGGUUUCUGGUGGUCAUUUUAAUGCAGGAGCUACCAUAGCUUUUGCUGUGGAUGGUAAAAUGAAGGUAAUAGAAGUUAUUGGUUAUCUUCUGGCUCAAGCCAUCGGUGCAUUAUGUGCUGGUGGAUUACUUGUUUGGGUGUUUGGUACUGGUACUACAUUAGGCACACCAGGACUUCAUCCGGGUAUUACUGUUGUACAAGGAUUUGCUAUUGAAUUUCUAUGUACAACUGUCCUUUCAUUCGUUAUCUUUUUUACUACAACUUAUAAUUCACACAAAGAAGCCGCUUUUCCAAUAGGACUUACUGUCUUUUCGUCUUUCUUGUUGGGUGCUGGUCGAGAUGGUGCUGCAUUGAAUCCAUGGCGAUGGCUAGGUCCAGCUGUAUGUUCCAAUACAUUUCGUUCAACAGCAUGGAUCUAUGGAGUUGGUCCUAUUACUGGAUUUCUUUGUGGUUAUGGAAUCUUUCGUUUAUACAAACUAAUUUGGAAUGGACGAGCUGGUCCCUAUGUUUAG